AUGGAAUCGGCUCUGCUUCUACACGCUCCUAAAGGCGCAGAAUUCGACUCAUCUGACACGAAGAAGUGGCGCGUCAAUCAUCACACUAUCCCUGGUGGCUAUACUCCUUCUAUUAUGCUGGCCGGAAUAUUUCUCAUGUCGUCUCUAUCGUUAGAUUCUCGCGACCAUGGAAAACAAGUUCUUUCAAUAGGACUUGGAGGAGGAAGUGUUGACAUGGUUCUGUCAUCGAUUAAACCUGAGGUUAACGUAACAGUGGUCGAACUCGAUUCGUUGGUUGUGACGCUUGCUUCCAAAUGGUUUGGCGUCACGGAGUCUAUUCAUCACCACACUGUCGUCCAAAAUGGCGUCAACUUCCUAGAGAAAGCAACGGAGAGAGGUACGCUCGUCAUUAACACCGUGACAACAAAGGACAAGGACACCGAUUGCGUGAAGUACUGGGUGAGAGGUCGUAAUGAUCUUCGUCAAGACUCUUUCGGGUCAGACAUUGGCCCUCGAUGUCAACGAUGUCUCAAGCAUCAAGUCUUUAAUCGCAGAACGCGAAGAAUCGCUGUCGAAGAUCAGAGUGGCUAUUUACGACGUGUGGUUGUGGAAAGUUCGGAUCGUCUGCAGAUGACGUCGUCAGCUCUCGACAGCAUGAUGAGAGAAAACGUCGAGCAGAGUCUACUUCUUCAUUGUAUCGCUGAGGUUGAUGACAAUGGUAAAAUCCGCCGUCUUCGCAAGGAGUGCCAAUCACCGACGUGUGGAGGAGGUGUCUUCAUGGCUGCCCAUGAGAACCGAUACUACUGUGGUCGCUGUCACGAUACCCUGGUCGUGGAGGAACCUGUGGCCUCUUCAAAGGGAAAGGGCGGCAAAGGAAAAAAAUAA